AUGGAGACGCAAGAGCUAAGGGCGGCGUUAUGGCUGAUGCCUAGGCCAGGAACGCCACUGUUUGAUGCGUUGAAACAGAACAUAGAUGGUCUCAAGCCCUUGUUCGAUGAUGGACACAGGUUUGAUCCACACGUGACGCUGACAUCGGGCAUUUAUGUCUCACGUAAAUCUGAGGUGGAUCGGAUUCUAAACCGAGCAUUUGCAGCAGCCAAGUCCGUCCCCCACGUGGAUGUUAUUCUUCAGCAACUUUCUUUUGGAAAGCACAAGUAUCGCAAAGUUGUUCUAGAAGUCAAGCCGGAGCAGGAGCUGGUUUCCCUUUCCAUGAUUUGCCGCGAAAGUUUUGUCAUUUUGCCGUCCUUAAUCGCUCGUUCGCAGCACUAUAGUGCUAUGAGUGAGGCUGAACAAAGGGCCAUACAUGACCAAGCUUCCGCUGCCGCUGAGGAUUGGGCCAAAACAGAGUAUCGCCCACAUCUUUCCCUCGUCUAUUCCAAUAUUUAUUCCGUUACUGAGGCAAAUCGACGAAGCAUCGACCAAAGGCUGAGUGACGUGUUUGGACCAAACUAUGCUACACGCGGAAUUGGCUGGACCAAUGGCCGUAUUGCAUUGGUGGCAUGCGAGGGUGAUCCUGAAGACUGGGAAGUGUUAGGCUACCGCGACUUAUGA